GUGGUAUCCCCCCCAUCAAGAGUGUCCCACUUCCGAGAGAGAGAGAGGGAGUCAACCACUUCACACAGAGAGAGUGAGAGCUCUCGAGCCCAGCCUAGCAUCUGUGACGGUUCCCCUGUUAAACGGCAGCUGCGCCGAAUUCAGCAAAUGCUCCUCAGCCCCUCCAGGACGGAGCCAGACGCCAGGAGACUCGGGGGAGGAGGGGGUUCACCCUGCGUUUGGCUGCCCAGCGUGAUGAGCCAAAGCUGGGGACCAUGUUGAAGCCCAGCUGGCCAUGGAACAGGCCCCUGGGGCUGCUUUUGUGCAGGCAUGGAUUAUAGCCUUGCUGCUUGCUGAUGCCGCCUCUCACUCUUUUUUUUUUUCUCGACGUGGAUAUCUGCCAUGAGCAUUGUUAAAGGAUAAUAAGGAGGAAGUGAAGGCUGUGAGUUGAGCCCCGUAGAAAGAGCAAGAGGAGGGCUUCCAGCAGCAGUGAUGAAGAGGCCCUUCCUCCUCCCUGGCUCUCUCUACAGGGUCCCUGCUGGGGAACCUGUACCUUUUAUCUAAGGCGUCUGCAGACUGUGAAUCUCAAAGGGAAUAUUUAUUCUGGAUUCAUAAUUGGGGAAAUCUUUCUGUGGAAAUACGCAGCACACAUUUUUGGGCUGACGAAACCCAAGGAAUAAAGGAAUGGAUUAUAAGCACAGCACUGUUUUAUUGCUGCUCUAUCUUUAAGCCAUCUCUCUAUUCUCCUUAUACUUACACACUCACCUGUCACCCGUGCGCCCCUCUCGCCUCGCGGACCCCGUCGCCAUGGCGGCGGCCUACCGCGUGGUGGUGAGCAGCGUGAGCUGUUACAACAGCGUGGUGGUGGACCGGCGGGUGCACAAGCACGCCGUGCACUACUGCGCGGGGCCGUGUGGCGCCGUGUCGCAGGGGCUUGACUGCGCCGUGGCCCACCGCGGCACGUGCUCUGAGCUGCUGGUGGCCCCCGAGCACGGGCCCCUGGACCGCAACUGUUCCAUGCACACGUACUCUCAUCACAUCACCACGGCGACCGGGACGACCUACCAGGUCUCCGCCGGCCACGGGAAUAGUCUUUCCGUGGACACGGGCGGGGGUCUGGAGAGGGCAGGGAGCACCGGCAACAUGUCCGUGGGAGAGGAGAGCCCCCCGUGGAGGGUGAAGAAGUCCCCCGGCGGGGGGGGCGGCGGCUCCAUGGGGAACCUGGCGUCCGCCACCAGUCUGAAGGACAUCACGGGCGAGGCCAUCAACCUCGCCAGCGGGAAGCUCAAGGAGUUCUCCUUCGAUAAGCUCCGCCUCUCCGCGUCCAGCCACGUCACCUUCCGCAAGGGCCGCAAGGUGCGCCCCGAUUCGUUCAGCCGCCGCUCCACCGACCUGGACAUCAUCUACGGCCACUUCAGCUCCUCGGUGACCACCAACGGCUACACCGCUAACGCUAGCCCCGUGAAUGGCACGGCGGCGGCGGCGGCGGCGGCGGCGUCCAACGACGAGAACCUCCCGCCGUUCACUGCGGCCAAAGGGCCGACGGUGGAGGAGGGGAAGGCGAAGGGGGCGGGCAGCUUGUCCGCGGUCACCAAGGUCGGCGGAGGCUCGACGGGCAGCCUCUCCAGCGCGUGCAGCGGGUCCCUGGACCAGGGCCUGAACACGGUGGCCUCGCUGUACCUCAACACACUGGGGGAGGAGAACCUGAUCGCCAGGCUCCUGGAGAAGACCCGGGCCGAGGCGGGCAACGGAGCGGGCGGAGAGGACAUCCGCGCCUGCCUGGACAUCCUGCUGAAGUGCUCGGAGGACCUGAAGAAGUGCACGGACAUCAUCAAGCAGUGCAUCCGGCGCAAGGGCCCCGGCGGGAGCGGAUCGGACGACGAGGGGGCCAAUCCCGAGAGCAUUUACCGGGCUGUGAUGACUCGACUGAGCUCCUACCUGAAGAGGCUUCCCCUGGAGCUGGAGGGCAUCGGGGGUCUCGGCCGCCUGGUCGGUGGGCAAGGGGGCCCGGGGGCACCGUCCAGCGGGCACAGUGAGCUGGCGGAGCUCGUCAACAGCCUCCACUCCAUCCAGCAGGGUCCCUUCUCCCCCAUCUUCGGCCACGAUCAACCCCCCCGAUACGAGGAUGUGGUGCAGUCCCCCCCGCUCCCGAAGUCCCCGUCCCUGCCCUCCUCUGCUCCGGCCCCGUCCAGCUGCUCAGCGACCUACUCAUCGACUUCCUCCUCCAACUCCUCGUCCUCUUCCUCAUCCCCUUCGAGGGCAGAGACCGUAAACGCCAUGCAGCUGCAGGGCUCCAAACCGAGUCAGCUGACCAACGGACUGCAGCGUUCCCCCCACCACCAUGCUCUCCCUCCCCCGGCGUUCACGCAUUCUGCCUCCUCGCCUUCGUCGUCUCCGUCACACUCCCCUCUCCCACUCUACAACCACGCCCUGCCGGCAACCCCCAUGGAGGCGCUCUUCAUCGAGGAGGACGCCGAUGUCGGCAAGAGUGGUGAACAGUCGUCCCCGCAAGCGUAUACCCCCAGCAGGGGAGCGAUGGAGAGACGUUCCCAGUCGCAGAUCAGAAACGGCACGGCGUAUGCAAAAGACACACUCCCAGCCUCCCCACCUCGCACACUCCGGAGCACCUUGGGUACUCCGUCAUCCGGUGCCGGUUACAAGUCCUCGUGGGAUUCGACAAGCCCUGCGGUCCCCAAAGCCGACCCGGGAACGCCGUACAGGAACGACGACAUCGACAAGCUCCUGCUGGACUUGGAGAACCUCUCCCAGAGCAUGAACCACCAGAGGGAGAAAGAGCCUCCUCUGCCGGUGAAGACCAGGAAGAUGACGGGGGAGGGUGGCGUGGGCAAGACUGCCACCCUUGCUCCACCCCAGCCCUCUGCAAAGCUUCAAUCCAAGGCACAGACCCAGACACCAGCGAAUCACCAUUUCACCAAUGGCUCUAACUCCAAGGCCACACAAGGCCUGACACCUGUGCCUCUCCCGGGGGAAGGCCAUGGAGAAGGUGGUGGUGGUGGGGGGGGGGAAGAGGACGGGGCCCUGCUUCUGCGGAUCCUGGAGAGCAUCGAGAGCUUUGCUCAGGAAUUGGUGGACUCUGGGGCGGGGAGCACCGGCAGUUCGGAGAGGAGCAGUGGGAAGGAGAGGGAAGUGAUGAGACUUCUGCAGGAUACACUUGCCACGGCCGGCAGGGCUGACACCCCUCCUCAGAGCACACGGAUGUCGGCGCUUGCCUCUGUGCCGCCCGUGAACCGACCUGAACCGGUUCCUGCUGUGCCUCCGAAACACAGCCACUCGAACCCUCCUGCGGCUUCGCCAGCACCCGUCCCUCACACACCCGUCCCUCACACACCCGUCACUCACACACCCGUCCCUCACACACCCGUCCCUCACACACCCGUCCCUCACACACCCGUCCCACACACACCCGUCACUCACACACCCGUCCAACACACACCCGUCCCACACACACCCGUCCAACACACACCUGUCACUCACACACCCGUCCCACAGACACCCGUCCCACACACGCCUGUCACUCACACACCCGUCCCACACACACCUGUCCCUCACACACCUGUCCCACAGACACCCGUCCCACACACGCCUGCUCCCUCUGAACCUCUGUUUGCGGCUGUACCGGAACUUUUAUCUCUUCUUCUGGCACAAGCGUCCACCACCACCACCACCACCACCACAGCACCCAUCCCCGCCCCCCCGCCCCUACCCGAGGCCAAGCACAAGGUCCAAGCCGAGGAAUCGGAGACCCCUGCGGCAAAAACGUCCGCGCCUUCACCUGGAGCCCUACCUUCUCCACCGGUCGUCCUAAACACCUCGACUCCGGACACUGCUCAGCCCGAAGCCUUGGCCACCGUCGUUGAGGUGACCACCGUCGCCGUCAGGGAUGAUGACGGCCCCGUGGGCAGCCCUGCUGCUGUGAGGAGCACCGGCUCCACCCUCCUGAUUCAGCAGACUCCUGAAGUGAUCCGGGUCCAGUCCAAACCAGAGAAGAAGCCCGGCACCCCUCCCCCGGCCCCGGCCGCCAUCUCCCCGGCCCCGGCCCCCCGGUCCCCCAGCCCCCCCCCUGCCCCUCGCCCUCCUCCCCCCCCCGCGGUGGUGGUGGUGGUGGUGGACCCGGCGCCGGUGCUGCUCCCCCCUCCUCCCCAGUCCGCGAUCCACAUUCCGAGGUUCUACUACCCCCGCGGGCUGCCCGUGUCGGGCCCGCCCCAGAACCACGACGCCGCCAUCGCCGCCGCCGAGGCGGCCUUCACCGAGUUCGAGGAGGAGAAGGCCGACAUCUACGAGAUGGCCAAGAUCGCCAAGGCGUGUGGGUAUCCCCUCUACUGGAAGGCGCCGCUGUUCAACGCCGCGGGCGGGGAGAGGACUGGAUUUGUGUCUGUCCACUCGUUUAUUGCGACCUGGAGAAAGCUGUUGCACAGUUGCCAUGACGACUCAUCCAUGUUCAUCUGUCUGCUGGCGAAGCCCAGCUGUAGCUACCUGGAGCAAGAGGACUUCAUCCCACUCAUGCAGGAUAUCGUGGACACCCACCCCGGGCUGACGUUUCUCAAAGAUGCGCCUGAAUUCCAUUCCCGCUACAUCACCACGGUGAUCCAGAGGAUCUUCUACGUGGUGAACCGCUCGUGGUCAGGCCGCGUCACCAUGACGGAGCUGCGGCGCAGCAACUUCCUGCAGACGCUGGCGCUGCUGGAGGAAGAGGACGACAUCAACCAGAUCACCGACUACUUCUCCUACGAGCACUUCUACGUCAUCUACUGCAAGUUCUGGGAGCUGGACACCGACCACGACCUCUACAUAGACCCCAAGGACCUGGCCCGGUACAACGACCACGCUUCUUCCAACAGGAUAAUUGAAAGAAUGUUCUCAGGAGCAGUCACCAGGGGCAACUCGGUACAGAGGGAGAACAGGAUGAGCUACGCCGAGUUCGUCUGGUUUCUCAUCUCUGAGGAGGACAAGAAAAACCCCACCAGCAUAGAGUACUGGUUCCGCUGCAUGGACAUGGAUGGAGACGGGGUCCUCUCCAUGUUUGAGCUGGAGUACUUCUACGAGGAGCAGUGUGAGCGCAUGGAGGGCAUGGGAAUCGAACCCCUGCCCUUCCAGGACCUGCUCUGUCAGAUGCUUGACCUGGUCAAGCCAAAGAGCCAGGGUAAGAUCACCCUGAGUGACCUGAAGCGAUGCCGGAUGGCUCAUAUCUUCCUGGACACCUUCUUCAACCUGGAGAAGUACCUGGACCACGAGCAGAGAGACCCCUUUGCUCUGCAGAAGGACAUUGACACUGAGGGUCCAGAGCCGUCUGACUGGGAUAAGUAUGCGUCUGAGGAGUACGAGAUCCUAGUGGCCGAGGAGACCGCCAACGAGCAGCUACACGAUGCGUCCUUCGAUGACGACUACGAGUCGGACGAGCUCCAAGUGCCCGGGGACAUUGGAAAUAAGAUGGAGAAACUGGUGAUUUCAGACCUCACCGCGUGAAGAAACCUCCAGUCUGGGGACUCCCCGAAAGACCCCCCUCAGCCCUGUCAACUCUUCCACUGCCCAAGCAGGAGGCACAGAGUGGGACCCCCCCUCGCCCCCUGAAGACGAUGUUGAGAAAUGUCCCCUGAAUUGACCCACUGUUGAUGAUGAUGUGUGUGAGAUGUGUGACCUUUAAGCCAAGACACUCUUCUGGUGCAAUAAUACAUCUGUUUUCAAACAGAGAUAAGAAAAAGAGGGGCGUGAGUGAAAGGGGACGGGGGGGGCUUGUGAAUUCACUAAUCUCUGGGAAACAAACAACAAAAACAUUUUCUGUUGUGUCUUACCCUACCGACAAUCUCAUGAGGAGACAAUCGUAUAUAUAUCCUAUUUUUGUGCUACAUUAAGUAUUAACGUUCUCCUCACACGACUGCCAGCAUAACUUUUUUUGGUCGGCACAGACCUGCAUUGACACGGUUGAUGGACAAACUUUUCCCUGUGAAGAAAAUUUAUCAAUCGUCCAUCCACAGCCAAGACAUACACCCUUUGGUGGAGAAAAAAAUCAACAUAAUUUCCACCACCAUUUCACACGCCCUCUGUCCCCCCCUGGUGGCCGGCCGCCGCAACUGCAGGCCGAACAGGUGACACGCGACCCGUCCCUCUGACUACACAACGACGACAGGCGAAGGGAGCAGAGUUCACGGAGCAGGCCGUUUCUAUUUUUAGAACGCCAGGCAAUCUGCUGAUUGUUUUGCGACACUCCUGGAAUCCCUUUGUCGAGGCUUGAAACCUGCCCGGGGAGCGUGCAGCAGGCACAUGGGAGCCGGAAUGUUCCGCCCAUGUCCUCAAUCACCCCCACCCCCACCCCUCCUCCCUCCUAUUUUUUUCAAUGUCGCUCAAGGUAUGCUCAUUCUGUACAUAGAAUAACAUUUUAAAGUAAAAAAUACUAAGGACUAAAAAGGAAGACACGUCACACUCUCUGGUAGAGUUGUACACACAUUUCCAGCCCGGAGACCCAGAGGUUCUCCGAAAUGAAGACACUUGUGAGAUUCAGCCUUUUUGUUUGCAUUAGGAGUGGACUAGUUUCCAUGAAUUCACCCACCACCCCCCCCCCCCCAAUACCCUCACACCCCUGCAGUUGCACAACGCAUACAGUGUUUUACCUUUUGCCCAAUCGAUUGUUACCAAAAAAAAACAUGCGUGUGCUCGUCGGUGUAACUACUCCCCUUCGAUUAUUAUAGAACCCCUUGUUUGCUGUGUUUUUUUGUACGUCCUACAUUUCAGUUCGCCUUUCAAAAACAUUUAACUUAUAACUUUUGUUAUUUAGCGGAUGCUCCACGGUUUCAGGAAAGUAUUUUUAAUAUAAAUAUUCUGACGGUUCUUUAUUUUAAUGUAUGUAAUCAUUCUCACCCUGCUGCAUAUUCAAGACACACUGGCCUGUUUCUUUCGCUCCAUAAUUACCUUACUGCAUUCACCGGGAAAAGUGCAUGUGUUUGUUUAUUUGUGUGUGUGUGUGUGUGUGUGUGUGUGUGUGCGUGCGCGUGUGCGAGAACUACCCUUACUGUGUGUUGCUUAUAAAAUCUUAGAUCUAGGGGUGUGUUCUGAGGAGCGUGCUAGGUUACUGAGCAGUGUGUGGCAGUUUGAUAGAAAAUAACCGUUGCCAAGAGAACAGUGUUCUCGGGGGCUGACAAAAGCGCUCUCGCUUGUUUAACUCUUUUAAUUAGCACGGGGAGAACACUUGUCCUCGAGGGCUUGGAGUUCACCGGCUCUUCCUGGGUGAUACACACACAUUCACACGUGACACUCAACGGCAUACACAGGCACACACACACACAGACAGACUUGAAUACACAUAUGAAUACACACAGAAACAUGCACACACAUUCACACAGGCACUCACACAGACGCACAGAUACACACACACACACACACACACACACACACACACACACAGAGAGACACACCUAUACACAAACAGACACACAGGCAAACAGCUAGGCACACGCACAUCAGUCCGUCUAACAAGAGUGAAGGAAAACGAGUAAACAACGCAAGGCCUCGGGUUGAUAAAUUAUCAUUUUGACAAUGUUUUAACGUUUUUUCUUGCUGUGCCACUGUGUGGCUUAUGUGCGUACAAUGGUGGCUGAGUAGGUAUUUUGGAAUGCCCACGUGUGUGUGUGUGUGUGUGUGUGUGUGACAUGCAGUGACAUCAAUGAUGAUUACGCCAUCCUCCAAAAAUGGGGCAACGGCCUCUAAAGCAGGGGCUUCCCAAACUUGUUAAUGCCGUGAGGUACUUUCAGGCACAGAGCCAGGCCCAUGAGUCACCUAAAAUAAGCAAUGCAUUCUCACAACUAGGUCAAAACAGCUAGAGAGCUUACAUGUAUCUAUGUCCAUUGUUCAUCUUUAUAGUAUUGACCACCUUUCACUCCUCAAACGUACUUCUGUAAUUAAAUAUAUGUUUUUUGGAAAUGUUACAAAAAACGUUUAUGGUGGGAAUCCCGUGACUUGGACCCUCUUUUAAGGGGUUGCAAACGAGUUUGGAAACCACUACUGUAUAGGACAGGAGGAGACAGACAAUCAUGCACUUAGUACACACACAUACACACUUCCUUUUGGGAGCGGUACCUGACUGCUUUUCCGAUACACUUACAAACACACACACAUACACGCACACAUAUACACACACACAAACAUAAAUACAUCCGCGCAACUUACGGGACAAAUCCGUCUGAUUGAUCCUCAACUAAAAUAGUUGGAGAGAAUGUAUCGUGUGGUGUUGCAGUUCUCAGUGUCUGACUACUGAGUACCGAAUGAGGACAGUGUGGGGAAAGAUUUGUGUUAUCAUGAAACACUUUCUGAGACUUUCUUGGGAGUUUUGCUUUGAAUUGAGAGGUCUACUCAGAGCAUUAGACAGCAGACGUUUACUGUCGUACAUCGUUGCAGAGGGGAGACUGGAUUAAAUGUAUUUGAUAAUUUACCUUCUUCCUUUACCUCUUUACUCUUUUUUUCUCUAUCCUUCUUUUCCUUUAUUUCCCGACCUUUAUCCUGCCAACAAGUUACCUGUCCUGUUAUUGCUUUACUUUGAAGCAAAAUAAAGUCAAAUUAAUAUUUUAAGAGAAUUCUCUUGAUCUGAUGGUUGACCCAACAUAUAAAGAGACACACCCACCUACAAACCAAUAUCUCACACAGACACACACAGACAGACACACACACACGCACACGCACACACACGCACGCUGUGUGUGCCCAAAUAGCUUGUAUCCCUUUUGACUUUGAUAUAGAAUCUCAAAAUAAAAUGCUGGUAGCACUUUAUUAUAAAGUUCAGUCAUAAGUAAUUUAGGUAAUGAUGAUCAUUCAUAAUCUAUAAGUUCUUAUCAAUGAUAAGUUAAUUGCCAAAGGCUUAUAAAUGACCAGAAAUGCCACUGUCUAAGGAAUACAAACCAGUGCAUCGCCCACAGUUGGGUGCGUUGCUCAAGAGAAGCAUGAGGAGUCCAGCCAGCAACCUCCAGAGAUGUUUUAUUGGUCCAGACAUGAGUGCAAUCAACUUGCUCAGUGCAUUUACAUAGCAAAAAACACACUAGCCAAAACUUUAUUUUGUAAACUUGGAAUUGUCAACCAAUGGUGUUCUGGGACACCUGACGCAGGCACGGUUCACACUCAAGUCUAGGUCAUUGCUGCCUGUUCCCCUGCCUGGUGCUGCUGUUGCUGCUAUGGCGGCGCCGGUGUUGUUAUGCGUCAAACUGGCCCUCUGGAGAGUGUCAUUGUUUUAUUGAUGGAAGAAUUACCCGGCCAGGAGGUGAGGGUUUGGGGGGAGGGUGGGGAGGGGGGCGUUUCUCAAGCUAAUCAAAGCCAUUUGUACCAUGGUUACUCAAUGGACCACUUCAUCUUUCGACUCUAGGCAUGGUAAUAUACUAUUUUCCAUAUAGCUAACUGGACUGAACUUAAGGACAGCAGAGGUGUUUACCACAUUUAACAUGUAUAUGUGGUACAUGUAUUAAAAAGUUAUCUUACAAAUGC